AUGGCUAAAGAAAAUCAGGAAGUUCGUGUUUCAUGCUACAUGAUAAUCCUAAUGGUGGUGGCUAUAAUAAAUGUUGCAAGCAAUGGACAUGUUGAAGGAAGGGUUGUGAUGGACCAAAACUACCCCAUAGUGUCGAAGCCUAAGGGAACAAUAAAGACCAUUGAGAGUGAAGACGGCCGAGAAGUGAUUGAUUGUGUGGACAUUUACAAACAACCAGCAUUUGACCAUCCUCUCAUCAACGACUUACAGAUGGAGCCUAGCUCAUAUCCGAGCGGGAUGAAAAUGGAUGAAACCCAACCGGAGCUUAUUCAAGAUUGGCAUAAAAAUGGAGAGUGCCCCGAUGGAACAGUUCCCAUUGGAAGGACAAAAAAGUAUGAUCCUCAUCGACAUUUUCCAUUUGGCUCGCAUAGAAGAAAUUUCAACAUUAGUUCGGAUGCAGACAAUGCUCAUGAGUAUGCCAUAGUUUUUGAGGAGGGAGGCAUUUACCGUGGAGCACAAGCACGGAUUACUGUGUGGAGCCCCAACGUAGAGGAAAGCGAAAUGAGUAUAUCCCAAAUUUGGAUUGUGGCUAACCCUGGAACAGAUAAUUUGAAUAGCGUUGAAGCUGGAUGGAUCGUUCUUCCACAAAAGUAUGGUGACCAUAGCCAAGACUUUUUACGUAUUGGACGUAAAAAAUUUGCCGUUGGCCGCCCCGUUUCCCCUGUUUCCAUUUACAAUGAGACGUCAUACGAGAUACAACUAAAAAUAUUCCAGGACUUGAGCACGAAAAACUGGAUGCUUUAUUACCAUGAUGAACUAGUGGGCUAUUGGCCUGGAACCAUCUUCACUACCUUAGCAGACAAUGCCACUGUAUUGGAAUGGGGCGGAGAAAUACUUAACACCGCUCGAGAUGGACAUCACACAACUACUCAAAUGGGAAGUGGCCAUUUCCCAAAUGAAGAAAUCAAGCCAAACAAACAGACUUCUUAUGGUACUUACUUUUACUACGGAGGUCCAGGCUAUUCUGCACAAUGUCCAUAA